GGGGAGGGGGUAUGGGGGAGCUCCCCCAAGCCUGGGGAAGGGGAGCCAGUGCAGGAGGUGACUGGAACCGCGGUGGCGGCGGCGGGAGCAGCAGUGGCGGUGAUCUCAGCCACAGCAGCCUAGGCUCCAGCCUGGGCCAGUGCGACGCAGCAGACAAUAACCGGGCUGGAAACCAGACUCGGCCGGACCCAACUGGGAUGCUUCUUGACUGAUGAUGGUAUAACAGUGCUUGGAAGCCAGAAGGCUGCUUUUUCAGCUGAACAUACCUGAGUUGUCUCCAUCACCAUGGAGACUGGAAAGGAUGAAGCUUCUCAGGCCAAAGGAGCAUCAGCCUCUAUGGACACUCAGGACCAAGGGGCAGAGAAAGGAGCUAAGAACAAGGCAGCUGAGAUAACAGAAGGGCCAGUGUCAGAACCACCCUCAUCUGGCCCAGGUAGGCUAAGGAAAACUGCCAUGAAACUUUUUGGUGGCAAGAAGGGCAUCUGUACCCUGCCUAGUUUCUUUGGAGGGGGGCGAAGCAAAGGUUCUGGGAAAAGCAUCUCCAGGAAGGGUCUUAGCAAGAGCAAGACUCAUGAUGGUCUGACUGAAGCAGCCCAUGGCCCUAAAGACAUUUUUAGUGAAGGAACCAGCUUUGCCUUACCUUUGCCUGAAUCAUCUUGCCAACUUCCCAGUUCCCAGAGUGCCCAUGGGGUUUUGGAGACAGACUCCAGAUGCAAGACAUCUGUGGCUAGAGCCACAGAGAAAGCUGAGGCUGAGAAGGCUCUUUCUGUGUCCAAGCCAAAGAAAGGCCUGAAAGGUUUUUUUAGCAGUAUCCGCCGUCACCGGAAAAGCAAGGUCUCUGGGGCUGAAAAAAGUGAGCUAAGGGCCAAGGGGCCUGAAGGGGCUAGAGCUAGGCCUCACGAACAUGUGAGCUCAGUCAUUCUGCACCAUACUGAGGAUAUCCUCCAAGCCCCCAGAAAGGAAAAUGCCAAACCUCAAGAUGCUCCUGGGUCAAAAGUUUCUUUAGUACCAGAGCCUUUUCCAGCUGUCAUUGAGAAGACACCCUGUAAAGAUCCAGAAAAAUCUGUGGAGGCCUGUGCUUCAGCACUUAUGCAACCUAAGCCUACCUUAGAAGCUAGUGGCCCAGAAGAGCCCCAUAGUCCAGAAACAGGGGAGAAAGUGAUGUCAGAAGAGGUAAAUCCACCAAAUGGCCCUGUUGGGGACCAGCUGAGCCUCUUGUUUGGGGAUGUCACAUCCCUGAAAAGUUUUGACUCACUGACAGGUUGUGGUGAUAUCAUAGCAGAGCAAGACAUGGACAGUAUGACAGACAGCAUGGCUUCUGGAGGCCAGAGGGCCAAUCGAGAUGGGACCAAGCGAAGUUCCUGCCUAGUGACCUACCAAGGAGGUGGAGAGGAGAUGGCCUUGCCAGAUGAUGAUGAGGAGGAAGAGGAGGAAGAUGAGGUGGAAUUAGAGGAAGAAGAAGAGGAUGUCAAGGAGGAAGAAGAUUAUGACUUAGAAUAUCUGUGGGCAAGUGCCCAGAUGUAUUCAAAGUCUAAUCUGAAUUUGAGCUACCAUCCCAUCACAUCCCCAGGCCACCAUGGCUACAUGCUCCUUGACUCAGUUCGAUCUUAUCCUGGCUUAGCUCCUGGGGAACUUUUGACUCCUCAGAGUGACCAGCAAGAGUCUGCCCCCAAUAGUGAUGAGGGUUAUUAUGACUCCACAACACCUGGAUUUGAGGAUGAUUCAGGUGAGGCCUUGGGGCUUAUCCGCAGGGAUUGCCUUCCCCGAGACAGUUACAGUGGAGAUGCCCUGUAUGAGUUCUAUGAGCCAGAUGAUAGUCUUGAGACCUCCCCACCUGUGGAUGACUGUCUUUAUGACCUCCAUGGUCACAGCUCUGAGAUAUUUGACCCCUUCUUGAACUUUGAGCCCUUUUCUUCCUCUAGGCCACCUGGGGCAAUGGAGACAGAGGAAGAACGGCUAGUGACUAUCCAGAAACAGUUGUUGUGUUGGGAGCUUCGGCGAGAGCAGCUUGAGGUCCGAGAGGCCCAGGAGGCAUGUGCCCAAGAGAUUCACACCAGGGAGGCCUAUACCCAAGAAACUCAUGCCAGAGAGACCCAUGUCCGAGAAGCUCAUGUCAGAGAGGCCCAAGAGGCCUAUGCCAGGGAAGCCCAGGUCCGGGAGGCCCAUGCUCAAGAGGCUCAAGUCCGAGAGGUUCAGACCUGGCAGGAGAAGCCCAUCAUAGAAUAUCAUAUGAGGCCCUUAGGCCCAUCAGUGAUGGGCCUGGUAGCAGGGGCAUCAGGGGCCUCUCAGACAUCUCAUCGGGCAACCACCUCAGCUUUCCCUGCCACUGCAAGCAGUGAGCCAGACUGGAGGGACUUCCGUCCUCUGGAGAAGCGUUUUGAGGGAAUCUGCUCCAAGAAAGAUCAAAGUACCUGUCUGAUGCAGCUCUUCCAAAGUGAUGCUAUGUUUGAGCCAGACAUGCAAGAAGCAAACUUUGGAGGAUCUCCCAGGAGGGCCUACCCUACUUAUUCACCCUCUGAGGAGCCAGAGGAAGAGGAGGCUGAAAAGGAAGGGAAUGCCACAGUGAGCUUCUCACAGGCCCUUGUGGAGUUUACCAGCAGCGGGAACCUCUUCUCCAGCAUGUCCUGCAGCUCUGAUUCUGACUCAUCCUUCGCUCAAAACCUCCCUGAACUGCCCCCUAUGGUGACUUUUGACAUCGCUGAUGUGGAACGGGAGGGGGAAGGCAAGUGUGAAGAGCAUCCUGAGUUCCACAAUGAAGACCUUGCUUCCUUGGAAGCUUUUGAGUUGGGCUACUACCAGAAACAUACAUUCAACAACUACCACAGCCGAUUCUACCAAGGUCUGCCCUGGGGUGUGAGCAGUCUCCCUCGCUAUUUGGGACUGCCUGGCAUGCACCCUCGACCUCCACCUGCUGCUAUGGCCCUCAACAGGAGGAGUCGCUCCCUGGACACUGCAGAGACCUUGGAGCUGGAGCUUUCCAAUUCCCGCCUUGCCCAGGGAUACAUAGUGUCUGAUGAGCUUCAGGCUCAGCAGGAAGAUUCAAAUGAAGAAGAAGAAGAGGAAGAAUGGGGUCGAGACAGUCCUUUGUCCCUUUAUACUGAACCACCAGGGGCCUACGACUGGUCUGCCUGGGCUCCCUGUCCUCUCCCAGUGGGGCCAGGUCCUGCCUGGAUAAGUCCCAGCCAGUUGGAUGGGUCUUCUAGCCAGUCUCCAUAUGAGCAGACAGCCUGUUGCAUACCUCCUGUGGCCAUGUCAAUGUUGUUGUCAGUACCAGGGCCAGAGCCAAGGGUACCUGGGAUAUCCAGGCCUCAGCUAUCUCGGCCUUCGUACCUACCCCUGCCUAUGGUCUCUUGUUAUAACCUGCAGCCACAGGCCUUUCAGAGUGUGAGGGCCAGGCCUCAAGAUAUGCUGCUGCCUAUUGAUGAGCCCAAUUGCUUUUCCAGUUCUGGAGGCUUCAGCUCCAGUCCUCUGUCCCAGGCCAAGCCUGUAGGCAUCACUCAUGGCAUCCCUCAGCUGCCCAGGGUCCAGCCUGAGCCCCAACAACCUCAACCCAUUCACUGCAAGGCUUCCAGCCUUGACCUAUCAAAGGAGAUGGCUGAGCAAGGUGCCUCUCUCCCCCUUCCCACCAGCUACUCCACUGCUGUGAAUGGAAAGCUAGCUGAGUAGUCAUUAUCUAUUCUGGAGUGGGGGCAUGGGGCCUGAGCAUGUGAAUGGGGAACAGGGGUUGGGCAGAGGGGUGGGUGGUGGGGGUUGCUAUUUAACUUGAAAAUCCUUUUGGCCAAGGAAAGCUCCAAUGAGUUUUUGCCUUUGUUUUCCCACUUCCCUCAUCUGCCAAUCUGUGGUCACAUUCAGCUUGAGUACAUCUGCCCUAGGAGGCUGCUAUUGCUCUGUGCUCCAGCUUUUCCUUUUGGGGUUUCUUGUUACCCAUGUAGGGUUUUUUGGGAUGCUGUACUUUUGUGCCUAUUCCAGUUGCCCAGUUAGUGAUUAUAUAUAUAGCAUGCAUCCUUGACACAGGCUUAGUACCCCUGCCACCCUCCCCCCACACACAGUGAAUGAUGAACCACUGAUGAGCAGCCAGGUCUGCACUGCUUUCCACUUGAGGACAGGGGUCUUGUUUGCUGUUAACAAUGUGAAAUAAUGGUACAGAUCCUCCCCACCCCCACUUCCUUCAGUCUUGGCAUAGCUUUCACCAUUACAUCAGAUGAUUAUAAUCUAUUCACCCCAGCUAGCUGCCCUUAGAGAGGAUCAAGUAGCAUGUGUUUCACUGCCUAUUGCUAUGGACUUUGUCAUUGUAACCAGAUGGGGGCCUUUUAAUCUGGUCUGCCAUAGCUUAGGUUAAAGACAAAAAUGCUAUCCACUUAAUGGAAUGAUCAAAUUCAUUCAGUUAUAAACAUAAGACAAAUUAGGGCUCUAUUGUAGAUACUACCAUAAGUCUUGAGUUGUGGAGUGAUGGGAUUUUUUUCCUUCUUCUUAGGCUUGUGAUGCCUGAGUUGUAGUCACUUGAAUUUUUUUUACUCCAAAGGAAAUUUUAAUAAUUUCUUCACAAGGAAAAUAUUCUUUUAACUGAGAUACAGGAAGAGAAGUGGCCUAAAUUAGGCUUGGCUAUAGGGUGUCAGGGUUCUUGCAGCUUGCAAGGGAAGGAUAGGAAAAGGAGGUCCAUUUGUCCCUGCUGGCAGGAGAGAAUUUUCGACAUUGCAGAGCUCAAGGUAACCCAGCUUCUUAGAAGAGAAAAAGUUCCUCAACCUUUGCCCACCCCUUCAUUUGGAUGCUGUAAAGAGGCUCCAGAGACACCAGGCUAGCACUCUCAAGACACAGGAUACCAAAAGCAUCUAGGCUGCUAUUCUGGUCUCUCUAAAGAGCUUUCAUUUCUAAUUAGCCAAGUCCUUAGCAUCCUCAAAGGACUGGCCUUCUUAAGAGGAAAGACUAUGACCUGUCCUCACUCUACCAAGCUUCAGGAUUCUGAUUUGCAUUCACUCCAUGCCAUUUAUGGAGUGAAUGGUGCACUUUUCUGCAUCCACAUUUUUCAUGUUAAACUAGCUGGGAAAUACUGGUGAGGAAGAGUUGCUGUCAGGAAGACAUUGUAACAGUUUAAUCUAACCUGACUCAACCUCUCAUUAAUCAAGAAGAGAAAAAUUAUUUUUAAUUUCUUUUUUGGAAAUAGAAUAUGGGACAUUUUUUGCCUGGAUGUGUUGACCUAAAUUAUAAUGCUUGCCUCCCUACCCCUGCCCCUUACCCCACUUAUCUCUAUGCCUGUUAAGAGAGGAGGGCAACUGGGCUCUUGUGAACAGAAUGUUGGCCUCUGAGUCAAGGGAGCAAAAUUUAUGGCAAACUUCCCCUUGGCCAGGAAAUGUAUUUGUGCUGGUUUUUAUCACCAUUUCUCAGAUUAGGGUUGGUAGUGCUUCUUUCCACAAAAAGCAAACCUCUGAUAAAAGCUUUACCCACUGGAAGUACCAAAUGAGUUUAUACUUAGCACCACUGCUCAAGGGACCUAGUCCAACUCUCCAGGCUGUUUGCAUUGUGAAGAAAUACAUAAAUCAUGGAUUUGGAGAAAGAGGACAAGGAAGGCCCUCACCCCAAGCACAGCAUCCCAGGAGAGAAGUGCCCAAAUUCCAACUGUCUGGCCUUUAUCAAAGCUGCCCUGGGAGGGUGGGGCUGAAAUAGGCCUGGCUGUUUGGCAGGAAAUAAACACCAAAUGCCUUUACAACAGGGGAAAUCCCACUACUUGCCUCCUUUCUCUCUGCUUGGCCUUCAGGGCAGUUCAACUCCUAUCUGUAUGUGGACUGUGCCAGCCACAGCAGGUAGUAGAGCCAUCACCAGCCUCCAGAGCCUGCUGGGCCUCCAGCCUAUCUAAGAAGAGAAAAAGUAGGUGGUCAGCCUUUGGCCAAGGGCAGAGGGCUUCUCUCAUUGAAAAGAGGGAAAUAAGAGAGGUGCUGCCCCUGAGGGGAACAGCCAUUGUACUGAUACACUCUGUUGGGCUUUGGAAGGUCAUAUACCACAGAGUAGGGCCUAGAACUGAGCAACAUGUCAUGGUUUGUACAUUGCUGCCUGCAAGCCAUUUCAAUGUCCUUGCCAGUCCAGGGACAGGAUUCUCACCACCAGAAGUGGUAUAAUCAGGGUACAUGGCUGCAGAAGUGGGCUCCUUUGAGUCUCACUCUAUAUCCAAAUAGUUCAUGUUCAAAUCCUAGCUGCAGCCUAGAAGAGGAAGGAAGAUCUAGCUGGGAACGUGUGAUGGCAGCACAGAUUGACAAUGGGAGAACAAACCAGGCCUCUCCCCAAAGAUAGCCAGUGCUUGCUUGGCUGACACCAGGUAUGCCCUGGACUACUAAAGGUAUUGAUGUCAAGCCCACAUAUCUUAGGCUGUGUCCAGAUGAACAACAUGUCUGCAUUGCAAAGUCCUGGGAUCAUGCUUGUGGUUGUGAUUUAAGGGAAGAUAUGACUUGAGAAGAGGUGUUUGCCAUCAUCUUGCUACCCAUCAGGCUAAUCUAGUGUCAGCUCUGACCUGAGAAUUCUCAGAUGAGGCCAAUCCUUGGGGAACCAGUGACUGGAUAGAGAAGUCCAAAUAGCAGGCUUCUUUCAGGGCUACCAGUUUCUUAGUGUUUUAACACCUUCAAGAAAGCCCUGCCGUGUGGGGCACCCAUCUUGGGCACCUGUCCAUGAGCCUCCUGGGCCAAAAGCUUUGGUCAACACUAGUCUCUCUCCUUCCUUAGUGCUGUAUCAAGCAGGGAAGUAGCUUCCUACACCCAGAGUGUGUUCCUCUCAUCCUGUUGUCAGCAACUUUCCCACCCUUGUCAGUACUACCACCCCACUCACAGUUGGCUCCUGGGCCCAAUUGCUAGAGGGAGGCAUGGGGGAUUUAGCAGGGAGACUUCAAGUUUACCCAUGUGUAUGUUGCAUAUAAGUUAUAUAUAUAUAUAUAUAUAUAUAU